CUCUCUCUCUAAAAUCUCAAUCGCAUUUCCAGAGAGGCCACAGCUUUUUCCUCCUCUCUCUACUCAUUCGAGAUUUAAUUCAUUCAUUUGUUUUUCUUCUCCUGAUUCAAAUUCUUGACUUCUGUUGUCUGAAACAAGAAAUCAAGGGCUUUGCUUUCCUCGUGAAUACAUGAUUUCGCGUUCAGAAUUAUCUCUUCCGUUGGCGUGAUACUGUCGUCAAGCUGAGAUUCCAACAGAUUUGGUUUUGUUUCUCGAGGGAAUUUAGCUGGAGAUCGGUAAAGUAUUCGGGUCAUCUAAGAUUUCACCAUAGUCGAAGAGGUGAUUAUCUGGCGCAAAAGGGUUGGUUGCAUUUUGUUUGGACAACCGAUCUGAAAGAGAAAUGUGGUGGAUGAUGGGAGAAAGCGGCGGUCACUACUGUUCCAAGAAGACAGAUGACAUCUGUGGCGGUGUCUGUGGACAGGAGUCUGGUCGAGUUUUCAACCUAUCCAGACUUUGUUGUGUUCUUCGUGGUGUGGAUAUAAAGACCUAUAUAUUACUGUUAGUGGUUGUUCCGGCUUGCGUACUUGCGGGUUACAUCCAUGGUCAGAAGAUCUCUUACUUUCUCCGGCCUUUGUGGGAAUCACCGCCCAAACCCUUCCACGAUAUUCUUCACUAUCAUCACGAGAAUGCUUCAAUGGAAACUCUCUGUAGACUCCAUGGAUGGAGUGUCAGAGAAUAUCCUAGACGAGUCUAUGAUGCGGUUUUAUUUAGCAACGAGCUCGAUAUCCUUACAGUACGGUGGAGAGAGUUGUACCCUUAUAUCACCCAGUUUGUCCUCCUGGAAUCUAAUUCAACCUUCACCGGCUUGCCAAAGCCUCUUGUCUUUGCCUCACAUCGGGAUGACUUCAAAUUUGUGGAGCCACGCCUGACUUAUGGGACGGUUGGUGGAAGAUUCAAGAAAGGUCAGAACCCGUUCUAUGAAGAAGCGUAUCAAAGGGUGGCUCUAGAUCAGCUUCUGAGGAUAGCUGGUAUUACCGAUGAUGACUUGUUGAUAAUGUCCGAUGUUGACGAGAUUCCCAGCAGACAUACCAUAAACCUGUUGAGGUGGUGUGAUGAUAUUCCUCAAAUCCUUCAUUUGCGGCUCAAAAACUACCUUUACUCGUUUGAGUUUCUCGUCGAUAACAAGAGCUGGAGGGCAUCUGUUCACAGAUAUCAGACUGGCCAAACACGGUAUGCGCAUUACCGCCAGUCUGAUGAUAUUUUGGCAGAGGCUGGAUGGCAUUGUAGUUUCUGCUUCCGGCUUAUCAGCGAGUUCAUAUUCAAGAUGAAGGCUUAUAGCCAUUAUGACAGAGUGAGGUUCUCUCAUUUCUUAAACCCCAAGAGAGUCCAAAGAGUGAUAUGCAAAGGAACUGAUCUGUUUGAUAUGCUUCCUGAAGAGUACACCUUCAAGGAGAUAAUCGGGAAGAUGGGUCCUAUCCCGCAUUCCUUCUCGGCUGUUCAUCUUCCUUCUCAUCUCUUGGAAAACGCCGAUAAGUACAAGUUUCUCUUGCCGGGAAAUUGCAUAAGAGAAAGCGAAUGAUCAUCAUAUCAUCAUCGGUACAGAAUAAUGUUGGUUUCUCAUUCAUGUAAAUGCUCAGAUGGAGCAUUUGCUGGCUCAACAUGUGAGAGAGCCAAGCCGAUACACCUGGACCUGAUGACAUAGCUGUUGAUGCUGCAGAGAUCGAUGGAGGUGUUUCAGAGCAUUGAGAGUGAAGGCAUUUGUAUAUAGUUUCCAUUGUUUCCUUCUGAGAUUCUGAGUUUUCUUCUUCGGUUCGAAUCAGGGCAUGAACCUAUCAAUGAUCUUCACUCUUCUGUCGUGCAAACAGACAUUGGUUUUGGUUUGUGUUCGUCCGAGUUUUCCUUGUCGGGAAGUUUUGCUUCGAGACUGUUCACCCUUUUGUACAUUUCUCUUAUUCAGAUCCCCUUUUUUUACUCUA